AAAAUAUUCAAUAUCAACACAUUUAAUUAAUUAAUUUGCUAUAAUUAUGUUGCUAAUUAUCUGUUCAGUAAUCACCGCGCUUGUGUCUUUUAGCCAAAGUUAUGAUGUUAAUAUUGAUGAAAUAUUCUCAAAUCUUCUAAGUGAUGAAGGGCAUGAACAUUUGGGUCAAAGAUUCAAGCGAGAUCCGCACCCGCAUCAUAAAAUGGAUUGUUGUGGCGAUCCACCACCGAUUGAAGAAAGUAGAGAAUUGUUAAAAGACUGUUUAAAAAAUAGACAGAAACGUGAUCGGCCACACGGCAAAGGAGGUGGAAUGAAACGAGGAUUGUGUGUAGCGGAAUGUAUUGCGAAAAAAAUGAACAUUGCAAAUGAUAAUGGAAUUGUUGACAAAGCAGCUUUCGUGGAAGAAUAUAAAAAAAUUGAUCCUGAUACAUGGCGACAGGAACAAGUGGAAAAAUCUUAUGACAUUUGUAUUGAAGCAGCAGAAAAAUUCAAACAGAAAAAGGCAGAAAAGCAUGGAAAUUUUAGUUGUAAUCCACAAGCCGCGGGAUUUUCCCAUUGUCAAAUGCGUGAAAUUAUAUUAAAUUGUCCAGAUGAUAAAUUUAAUACCAAUAAAGGAUAUUGUGCUAAAAUCAGAGACAAGUCACAGACAAGUCACAGAGACAAGUCACCAGAGACGAUAGAGGAUAUAUAA